AUGUACCACAAAGUCAUAUCUAACAACUUCUCAUUACUACAGCUGAUACACGGUUUUGAGGACGCCCCCAGAAAGCUGAUUGAUCAUCUCUCAGAGUCAUAUGAUAAUCAGGCAGCUAAAUCAUUCUUCUUGGCUGGCUGGUGCGGCGAAGGUGUAGGAGCCUCUGCUGUUCUUAAGGCCACAGCCAAACUCCUGAAAUCGAGAAGAAGUGACCCUGACAGAAGAAAGCAUUUUGGCAAAAUUAUCCAUGUAGACUGCUCUCUAUGGAAAAGUAGAAGAUCCUUGCAGAGGGCAAUCGUGGAGGAGUUAAAUCUUGGCCAUUUACUGCCCAUGUUUGAUAAGGAGGAUGAGGAUGAUGAUUUUAGAGGGAUAAAGAUCGGCUCUAGACUAGAGAUACCACGCAUCGGAAGUGAGAUCAACGCUUCUCUAAGAAAUGAAAGAUUUCUGAUGAUUUUUCAUUAUGGGGGAGAAGAAGUCAUUGAUCUAGCAGAGUGUGGCAUUCCUAAUCCUGAAUUUGGGACAUAUGCUUUAGGGCAACUGUUAUGGAGUGGUUAUGGAAGACUUCAACUCUCAGAGAGAAAAGACAAGUUAAAGUUAAGUUCUGCAUAUUUCAAAGUAAUUCGUUUAUCUCAUGUGGGCAACCUAAACGUGGAUGGUAUAUUGCUUCAUUCAUUGCGGGAAGAAGCCGCUGAAGUGAUUGGUUUCACCGGCUUGGAUGACAUCAACCCAACAAUAGUUUUGGAUUGCUUCUCGUACUCACUGUUCCUGACAGAGCAACUACGCGGAAUGCCUAGAAGCAUCUAUGGUCUUGACUUUGCUUGGGAUACGCAUGUUUGCAACUACUGGAUAUGUGAUGGGGUCCUUCAAGGGGACAGAGCCUACGAGGUUGGCAGUGCAUUGUAUGAAGUGAUACUUCGGAUGUUGUGUUAUCCAUCUAACAGAACACAACUAUUGACACGUUGUUUCGAUCAACAAAGAUUUAACCGCUGGAUUUUAAUCUCCUCCAACCAACUAGGGGCACAAGAUAUCUCAACUAUUCCUGUCAUUACAUCAUCAUGUUUCCUAACAUCGGGGGGAGAUUCUCAACUACAACUACCAAAUGACCUUUUUGUAUUAGCCAGCAACCUCCACGUGCUAAAACUCUGCAAGUGCAGCUUUGAUUUUGUAUCCCCUCCUUUCCGAUCUUGUCACAACCUAAGAUUCCUUUAUCUUCACCAUUGCACAAAUACAAGGGAGGAUCAAGGUGGAGGGCCAUGUUUCCCAGAUCUGUUGGUGCUUGACAUACGCUUCACGGAGUUUGUCUUGCUGUCAAAGAUGAUAGAUUUGAUGACCAAUCUUAGGGAGGUAAAUACCAAGGGUGUCUCGUGGAGGUAUGUAAGUCAAGCAUGGGAAAAGCUACAGAACAUUCACAAGCUCCGGGUAACCGAAUCCUCAGAUGUGAUCAUGAUGGACACAUGCUCUUCAGUAGAUAUGAUGAAUAUGGAGCUCCUUGACUUGUCUGGUAACGUUCAUUUGGCAUCAUUGCCGGAAAUGACAACGGCACGGUACUUGAAGAUGCUAGUUCUUGAUGGUUGUUCCAGCUUGCAGCAGGUUGUAUUCGGAGGAGCCCCUCCACUGCUCGAGAGUUUUAGCUUCGAUGGUUAUGGCCCAGCAGAGAAGUGGAUACAUCCCAUACAAUUGCCAGAAAAAGAACUGUGUCCCAAGUCCCGCAACGUCCCAGAAGCCAAGGUGAGAAGGAUCUCCCUAGAGGGUUGUGCUCGAUUGUGCAACGUGUUCUUGCAUGCAUUGCCCAAUCUUGAGGAGCUGGACCUUUCUAGCACAGCCAUUAAAACACUUGACCUCGGUGCAAUGGAUGUUGCACGGCUCAAGAAGCUAUUCAUGUUGGGUUGUGAGCAACUCCGUAGCCUACUCUGGGAUGGAAGAAACCCUUCACUGGAAGUUCUACAUGUAGACACUCGUGGGAAGACAAGACCAAUGAUCCACUGUGGAGAACAGAGGCCCUCUGUCUUUGAGGCACACAUGGCUUUUACAAAUGGAAGGUUCAUUUGGUCUGUCAUAAAGGGACUCGAUCGGUAUGACCCCAAGGUGCACCUCCAUAUUUCUACUAUGAUCCAGAGCCAAGUCAACAUCACCAAAAGUAUUGAGGAUAUUGGCACUACCCUAGAGGGUUUGGUUCCCGUAGGGCCCUUCUUACCUUACGUAGAUAUUGUCAUUAACAAGGACACUGUCACACCUUCUUCCUUGGUGUGGGACCACCGACGACUUUAUCCUUUGAGCGUCCAUAUAGAGAUUGGUGAAGGAAGCCACCAUUUAGAGAGUAUGAAUGUCAAUGCAAAUUUCAGAAAUUUCAUAGAGUAUAGAGUGAAAUCAUUGCAUGUGCAUGACAAUAUCUCAAUCACAGCUAACCUUCCAGCGUCAAGAACAUCAUGGCUGCAUUUAGAAUGGUGUCAUGUUGAGAGGUGCCCCAACCUUCACACUCUCUUCCCAAGUUGGGCUGGAAAUGAAAGCUUUAGUAGAAUAAGGGUAUUUUCUGCAUCUGAUCUCCUGAUGGCCUAUUGCAUCUGGGGUAGAGAUAUUACAUUAGACUUCUACAGCUUUCGAUACCUACAACACGUAUACUUGCACAACUGUCCUAGGCUGGUGUUUGUCCUCCCUAUUUCCUACCCAAUGCCAAACUUAGAGACCAUUCAGAUCGUAUACUGCCAAAAUCUCCAACAUGUUUUCCCACUGGCCACCAAUGAGCACGCUCAAGAGAUAGCAUCUGGUGUCACAUUAGAGAAGCUAAAGCACAUCAGGCUAUAUCAUCUCCACAGGCUAGAGCAGAUAUGCGGGGUCAGAUCACUGGUCGCGCCGGUGCUGGAGACAAUCACCCUCAAGGACUGUUGGGGCCUGAGACGGGUACCAACCGUGUCGCGCCAAGGCCCCAAGCCGGUGGUGGACUGCGAGAAGGAUUGGUGGGAUAGGCUCGAGUGGGACGGCCCCGAGGCCGACCAUGAACCAUCGCUUUUUGAGACGCGCCACUCGGCUUACUACAAGAAGACCCUCCCGAGGGUCUCCGUUCUGAGGUAAUCUUGAUGCAAAAAGAGGUCAAGCGGCUUACAAUUGAGUUGUGAUCUCACUCACAACUCUCUGGAUUGUUUCCCCUAGUUUGUCGGUGUUUGGCUUUUAAGUGUGGUUUACAUGCUCCAUCUGCGGCAUGGUGAGGGUGUUGCUACGUACUUUUGAUGGAGGAAUAAAUGGUGUGCUUUCUUCACCAAGCUAUGCAUGGUGUGAGUAUGCUUGACUGAAUUGGAUUGGAUUGGAUUGGUUUGGAUUGGUGUGUGAAGCAAGUAGCACUGGAUUGCUUGCUUGGUUCCUCUAGCUUGGUGUUUUGUUCACGAUCAAGCUGGACGGCUUGUCUUGGUUUGUAAUAAAAACAAAGAAAUGUUAUAUUUGGUUAU